CAGUGACGAGGUGCCACCUCGAUACGUGGGACGCUCGCUUUGUUGUGCCGCGACUGGUGGCUUCGGAUUCUGGAAGGCAUUUGGAAGUGCGUGCAAGAGUGCGUGCAGGGAGUGAGUGCACGGAUAAAUGAGUGGUUUAAUGGGUGAAUGAGUGAGAGGUGAAGACGAGAGUGCGAGUCCGAGCAACCGGUGGAAAGGAUAUAUCAGGUCGUGCCAGUUCUCGAAAUAUAUCGCGCGAGCAGACAUCUCUCGCCGCAGGACCUUGUAGUGUCUCUCCCAUUGUAGGAAGAGGGCGGAGCGAGCGCGGGGGCAGCAUGAUCACCUCCUUGUUCGCGUUCAAGCGGCUGAAGGAUGACUGCGACGAGGACGGACGCGAGCACGAAGGAGCCGAGACCCGGGAGCGAGGGAGGCUCCGGCCGAAGGACAAGACAUAUGGAGCUGACGACAAGCCCUUUAUGGUUGACAUGAAGGAGAUGAGUGGAUACGAGAAAAACCUGUACCUCUACUCGGAGGAGAUGGCGGACCGGCCGCGGGUGUCCAUGAUGAUCAACUCGCUGGCUAACUACAACGCCACCAUCCCUUCGGCCGAGGACGAGGACGCCAAGAAGUUGAAGCCCGCGGCCAAGCUGGGCACUCUGCUGGGCGUGUUCCUCCCGUGCAUCCAGAACAUCUUCGGCGUCAUCCUCUUCAUCCGAAUGCCGUGGAUCGUGGGCACCGCCGGGGCCCUCCUGGCCUUCACCAUCGUGUUCAUGUGCUGCUGUACAACCUUCCUGACCGGCAUCUCCAUGUCCGCCAUCGCGACCAACGGCGUGGUGCCGGCAGGAGGCUCCUACUUCAUGAUCUCGCGCUCCCUCGGGCCGGAGUUCGGCGGCGCCGUCGGCAUCCUCUUCUACAUCGGCACGACGGUCGCGGGAGCUAUGUACAUUAUAGGAGCAGUAGAGAUAUUGCUGACCUAUAUGGCUCCAGUGUUAUCCAUAUUUGGAGACUUUAGAAAAGAUCCAAGUAUAAUGUACAAUAACUUCCGAGUUUACGGCACCAUCCUGCUGUGGCUGAUGUGCUUCAUCGUGAGCAUCGGCGUGGCCUUCGUCAGCAAGUUUGCCACCGUCGCCCUCGCCUGCGUCAUUGGCUCCAUCAUCUCCAUCCUGGUGGGGAUCUUCGUCAACAUCAACGGCUCCGACAAGCUCCAGAUGUGUAUGUUGGGAGCCCGGUUGCUAACACAAGUUUCAAAUUGCACCAAAGAUAGAGAUGGAGACUUGUGGAAGCUAUAUUGCGAUAAAGGCAAUGGAACAUAUGCCACAGACGAGGCAGACUGUGACCAGUAUUUUCAUGACCACAAUGUUUCCACGAGAAAUGCCAUUGUUGGGUUGUCAUCUGGAGUGUUCUCAUUGAACCUGGGAUCUCACUUCAUGGAGGAUGGCCAGAUCAUAGCAAGCACGGAUGACCCAGAUGAUUAUGAGUCACUGAACAACCCAACUUACAACCAGAUCAUCAUUGACAUAACCACUUCAUUUACUGUGCUUGUUGGUAUUUUCUUCCCUUCUUGCACAGGAAUCAUGGCUGGAAGCAACAGAUCUGGUGACUUGGCUGAUGCUCAGAAGAGCAUCCCUGUAGGAACCCUAGCUGCCAUCUGUGCAACUUCAUUUGUGUAUCUCUCCUAUUUGCUCCUCUUUGCUGGCUCAUAUGACAUUCUCUUGAUGAGGGACAAGUUUGGCCAGAGCGUGGGAGGAAAGCUGGCUAUUGCGUCCAUUUCUUGGCCCAAUGAAUGGGUAAUCUUGGUGGGCUCUCUCCUCUCCACUGUGGGCGCUGGGUUGCAGAGUCUUACGGGAGCUCCUAGGUUAAUCCAGGCCAUAGCAAAAGAUGGAAUUAUACCCUUCCUUGCACCAUUUGCAAAGUCCUCUGCCCGGGGAGAGCCACUCAGGGCACUGUUGUUCACAGGCUGUAUUUGUCAGAUUGCAAUCUUGAUUGGUAACCUCGAUUACAUUGCUCCAAUCUUGUCCAUGUUCUUCUUAAUGUGCUACGGCUUUGUCAACCUUGCCUGUGCCCUCCAGACAUUGCUGCGCACCCCAAACUGGCGUCCAAGAUUUAAGUACUAUCACUGGUCUUUGUCAUUCAUUGGUCUCUCACUCUGCAUCACUGUGAUGUUCAUGACUUCCUGGUAUUAUGCUCUGUUGGCCAUGCUGCUUGCUGGCAUCAUCUACAAGUACAUCGAAUUCCGUGGUGCAGAAAAGGAAUGGGGAGAUGGUAUCCGUGGUCUGGCCCUUUCUGCUGCUCGUUACUCUUUGCUCCGCUUAGAAGAAGGUCCACCACACACCAAGAACUGGAGACCACAGAUUGUAAUUCUUGCCAAAUUAACGAAGGACCUUGUUCCCAAGUAUAAGAAGCUGUUUACUUUUGCAUCACAGUUAAAAGCUGGAAAGGGUCUCACAAUGGCAGUGUCAAUUAUUGAAGGAGAUUAUGUGAAAAGUUAUGGUGAGGCAUUAGCUGCAAGACAGAGUCUGCGCAGAGCCAUGGAUGAGGAAAAGGUGAAGGGCUUUGUGGACACACUGGUUGCCAAGAACAUGACAGAAGGAAUUAGUCAUAUCAUCCAAACUUGCGGUCUAGGAGGGAUGAAGCCAAACACAGUUAUUCUUGGUUGGCCCUAUGGCUGGCGGCACUCACCUGAUGAGCGUUCAUGGCGUGUGUUCCUUGACACUGUGCGCAAUGUUUCUGCUGCAAAGAUGGCUCUUCUUGUUCCUAAAGGCAUUAACUUCUAUCCAGACUCUAUGACAAAGGUUUCAGGUACAAUUGAUAUUUGGUGGAUUGUGCACGAUGGUGGUCUCCUCAUGUUGCUGCCAUUCCUUCUCCGGCAGCACAAGGUGUGGAAGAACUGCAAGAUGCGCAUCUUCACCGUAGCUCAGCUUGAGGACAACAGCAUACAAAUGAAGAAGGAUCUCAAGACAUUCCUGUACCACUUGCGUAUCGAUGCUGAAGUUGACGUUGUGGAAAUGAUGGACAGUGACAUCCAAACAUACACAUAUGAACGCACACUGAUGAUGGAGCAGCGCACACAGAUGUUGAAGGAACUGCGACUCAACCGCAAAGAGAAACUCAAUAUUGUUCAGGCCAUAGUUGACCACCAUCAUCCCAGCAGUGAACACUCGGCCAGCAAAGUGCGCUUCAAGGAGGAAGAGCCAGCUGCUGACUCUGACACAGAGGCUGAGAAGAGUGUAGCAGAAGAUACAGAUAAGAAGGCAAGCAAAAACGAAAGCUUUAAGAAACUUCUAACCAUUAAACCGUAA